AUGGAGAACAGCGCGAUCCCAGAACCGUGGGUGCACCACCGCCCCUACGCCUUCUCGGGCGACAGCGACGCCCCCUCCCUCCUCUCUGGCUCCACUUCCUCAGUCGUCGGCUCCUCCCACCCGAGGCCGACUCACCGGGAUGCGCCUGCCGACGGGCGCCUACCGAAGAAGCGCAAGUCGCAGGCCUCCAAUUCCAAGCGCUCGCCGGUCGCUUACUUCACUGCGGACCCGGCCCACUUCCGCGAAUUGGUCCAGCGAGUCACCGGCGCCACCUCCACGGCCGCAGGAGCGUCCCCGCUGUAUCCGCCGGAGGCGGCAGGGAACUUUCCUCUCCCGACCCUCGACGAAUCAUCGUCGCUUGAUCCGGCCGGCUUUGUCCAGCCUGCGGUUUUCGGACCUGAUCCGGCUCUCGCUGAGUUCGAUCCGUUGCUUUUUGUCUCGGGUUCUCCGACGCCAGAGCUGGAUUUGUGGGGCGUUUUGUGA